AUGGGACGUUCUUCAUCCGGUGGUGGAAAAGGACGUGUGACUCCUCAGAAAGUCAAGAGCAAUUUGAGUUCAACAAUUGUGAAAAAUCUAUUUUCAACAAAAGAUGAAAACAAUGGAAAGGCAAGAUCGUCAUACGAAGAUGCCAAAGAAAGAGUGAUUGACUAUAUCCAAGCUUCUGGAAUGAAAUGUUCCGAAGACAUGGUGAAAUCAAUUCAAGAUGGAAAGUCGAUCAACUUCAAUGCAAUCGCUCCAAGAUUGAACGCUCCAACUCAAACUGAAGCUGUUGCAAGAGAAACAGAGAUGGCCCAAAACAAGAUUCUCUAUUCUGCAAAGCUCGACGAGAACAUGCAAAGAUCAGCCUACUUUGAGACAAACAAGAGAACCGUCAAAUCAAACAUCAUGCUGAAGUUUGCGACAAAGGCGAUGGAUAUCAAGCUUCGAGGUGAAGCCGAUUUCAGGACUACUGUUGAAGAUCCGAUCAAACUCUUGAAACGUAUUGAACGAUUCAUGAAGAAGAGUGCUGAUGCUGAAUAUGAUUUCUUGGAUUUCUGGGAAGCAAAUCAAAAGUUCUUUGCUAUGAAGCAAGGAACAACCAAAAACUUGAUGCAUUUCAAGGAACGAUUCUUGAGACAGGCUGAAGUCCUGCAAGAUCUAUAUGGCAUGGCCUGGUUCCGAAAUUUUGCAGUCAAGAUGAAAGCGUAUUUGCUAUUGCUAGCACUGAUACUGCUGCUCAAAACAAGUUCAAGGAUGAUAUCUUUGAAGCCGUUCUUGCAACAGGAUUUCUAUGCAACAGCAAUCGAACGAGAACAGCUCCUCUGA